CAUCCGGGGUACCGAGAAAAUGGCUGCGCCCUUGUAGAGCAAUGGGUUUAAGGAAAUGCAUUUUAAAGGCCGGUAGAUACAGGACUGUCCUUCUAACAUGAGCCUACUGAGUGACAUCGAGGGGUUUUCCAAGUCAAAGUUGAAACCAGUGCCGACAAAAGUGACCACUGUAGAUGGACGACUCCUUCAAGAAGACAAGGACAGCCAUGGGAGAACAGUGGUCACAGUACUAGACAAAGGGAAACUAGGUUUUGUUGGAGACACAAAGAGAGACUUGCAGGUUGCAGAAAUCCUCCCAGGUGUUGUGAUGGGCUCCCAGGAUGUGGCCCAAGACCUGGAACUGCUGCUCCAACACAAAGUGACCCACAUUUUGAACCUGGCCUACAUGGUGGAAAACCAGUUCCCCGAUCAAUUCCAGUAUCUACGUCUCAAUAUUCUUGAUCUCCCAGAGACUGAUAUCACAGAUUUCUUUGAUGAGGCAUUUUCUUUUAUAGACCGAGGGCGUCAAGAGGGCUGUGUUCUUGUUCAUUGCAAUGCUGGAGUUUCACGCUCAGCAGCCAUGGUUAUAGGAUAUCUUAUCAAAACAGAAGGGUUGACUUUCGAAGAAGCUUUUGAUCAUGUUCGUGAACAGCGUGCCUCAAUCCGUCCCAAUGAUGGAUUCACAAUACAACUGAAGCAUUAUGAGCUCUCCCUUGCAAAGAAUUUGGAGAAAUAGAUACUUUGUGAUGAUGUUGUUACAUAUGCUGUUCAGAUAGGAUUGAUGCUAUAUACAGAUAUUUCUUUGCCAAAGUAGCUAAACUUCAAUUUCAUACGUACAAAAAAAAAAAAAAAAACAAUCAUGAAAACUUUUUACUGGAUGAUUCUUUCCUAAUUGGCAUACUGUAAUUGAAAUAUUUGAAACAAAAAGCAUAUAAGUGCCACUUAUAUCAAGAUGAGCUAUACUAGUAAACGGCCUUAUGGACUAUCAACCUCUGACUACCAAACUUCAUAAGAGUUUUGAGUCCCUUUUUGGCAGCAAAGCGAAAAAUGCACUAUCUGUUUAGCAACCCUAGUGGAAACAAGAAUAAUUACAUACAAACUGAUGUUAGUUAGAGAAGUUGUGGCUAGAUGGCAAUACUGCUGUGUUCCUUGUGGCAGUGAGUGGUAUAACUUCAGUUUCUGCCAAAAACAGCCUGCUUGCUAGCGGCUCUUUGUCUACGUGAUUGAAAGUUUAAACUUCUGUGUAGGAAAAAAGGGGGUAAAUAAUCAAGUACAUGUGAAAUUCAGGGUCAUUUUUUAUCUCUAUCAUGCCUUUCAGUUGAAAAUCUGCAUUCAAUUUGGAAUAUGUUUUUUGGUGUUUUUGUUAAAAGCUUCUUGCUAAAUGCACAUUUGCCAAGUUUAUGCAUUGACAUGUACCUUAUACUUCUUUCAUAUUGAUUCAUGUUUAUUUUUGUUGUUAUUGUACUGUUUAACAAUGUGUAUACAAACGGAUAUUUAUGUCCCAUAUUAUUAGUUAUACAAACUAGACUUUAUACAGCCCUUAAUGAACAAUCAAGUUGCUAUGAGCUCUGGUACAUCCCAUAUGAGGAACUUCUUGUAAUUUUUGGAUAUGAGAAUACAGAGGAAAACAAGGAGGGGAAUCAAAUAAGAUACACAGCCAUGUUUAGUGCAAUUUUCAGUUCUUUUGAAAGUGAGAGCCGGUUCAGCAAAUUUAUCUCUUAUUUAUGAUCUGAUUGUGAAAAAGACAUGAAAACAUUUACAAGCAAGUUAAUAUUUCUUUACUGUGCUUUCAAUGUUUACAAGUCAGUUUGUUUUUUUUACUGCGCUUUCUACAUUAUUAUUAUUAUUAUUGACAUCAAGAAUAAUGUUAAUACAUCUGCAGAUUAUAGGUAAAAGUUUUUAUAUGAAUGUCAUUUAUGAAAGGGUACUCUUUUAAUAGUUGUUAUUUAUUCAUAUGCCCACCACCAAUGCUAUUGCUGUUUUUUUUUUCUGAAAGGUUACACAUCCCCCUCACGUGCUCUGAAUUUUAUCUGCAUUGCACUCUUUAUUAUUUAAACUGUUAUAAUUCAGUUGCAAUAUAAACACAAUUGUAUUUUCUUUAUCAUGUUUUUUGUUGGUUCCUUUAAUCUAAUUUUUUAAAAGUGCCGUAAGAUUUCCGAUUGGAAACUUAUUCACUGAGCUGCAAAACCUGGGAAAUAUCAAAACUGUGCUGGCUUUUGCACAAGUACUGUGCCUUUUGAAGUGCAUAUUUCUUGCUUUUGUUUGCUUUUAAUUAGA